AUGGUGAUCAUCAAUGGACGACUAAGCCCUAUCAGCUUCACUACAGCCAUGUUUUCAGUAUCAAUGAUGAUGAUGAUGAUGACGAGUAUGGUGAAAGAGUGUGAUGGGUGGAUGACGCCAUGCAACGGCAGCACCACGGUGGAGUGCAUCCAUGUUGUUGAGUUCGACGAAGAGGUCGAGUUUCAGAUGGAUACAGAAGUACAUAGGUGGAUUCUGGAGAAGACAAAACCUCCUAAGCCGCAUCUCACUCAAGGGGCUCUAAAGCCUGCUAAUCCGGCUUGUGAAGGCGAAGGUUGUAAAGGACCGUACAAUAUUCGCCACAAUGGUCGGCCAUGUGAUAUUUAUAACACAUGUGGACGUGGGUAG